AUGCCCUGGAGGGGGAAGUGGCCCUGUAGGAACCCACACCGGGACACCGGGACGGACACCGGGACGGACACCGGGACGGACACCGGGACGGACACCGGGACGGACACAGGGACAGACGCCGGGACAGACGCCGGGACGCCGGGACGCCAGGCCGGGGCUGCUGCCGGGAGGCCCCGCGGGCUGCCCGAGCUGGAGCGCAGGAACAUGAACGUGGCACCGGCGCUUCUGGAGCCGCCCUUGGCUGCUCCGCUGCUCUCCUAUUUGGUCUCUAAUAUGUAUUGCAUCAGACAUCCUUGGGUGACAAACAAGAGGUGCUGGCUCUCCUGCCAGCCUCAUGUUCACAGCCUGGAGUUGCGUGAUGCCCGUGCAGACAGGUAUAUUUUGAAAACCAUAAUUCUGGGCCAGAUGCUCUCCUUGUUUAUUUGUGGGACUGCUGUUACAAGCCAGUAUCUAGCAGAAAAAUACCAAGUCAAUACUCCAAUGUUUCAAAGUUUUAUCAACUAUUCUUUGCUUCUUCUAGUUUAUACAACAAUGCUGGCAUUUAGGACUGGCAGUGACAGUCUUUGGCACAUUUUGAAACAGAGGUGGUGGAAGUACAUUUUUUUGGGACUGGCUGAUGUCGAAGCCAAUUACAUGAUUGUAAAAGCCUACCAAUAUACAACCCUCACAAGUGUGCAGCUGCUGGACUGUUUCGGGAUUCCUGUGCUGAUGGCUUUGUCGUGGUUCAUUCUCCGAGCAAGAUACAGGCUGAUCCAUUUUCUUGCUGUUGCCGUCUGUUUGCUGGGUGUAGGAACAAUGGUGGGUGCAGACAUUUUGGCAGGGAGGCAGGAGAGUGAAGGUAGUGACGUGGUGAUUGGAGAUGUCUUAGUGCUUCUUGGUGCUUCUUUGUAUGCCAUUUCUAAUGUGAGUGAGGAAUACAUUGUGAAAAAUCUGAGCAGAGUGGAGUUUCUAGGAAUGGUGGGCUUGUUUGGGACUGUUAUCAGCGGUCUACAGCUAGCCAUUGUGGAACAUAGGGAGAUAAUGAGAAUUCAAUGGAACUGGAAAAUUGCAUUACUGUUCACAGUCUUUGCCCUGUGUAUGUUUGGGCUGUACAGCUUCAUGCCAGUCGUCAUUAAAGUUACCAGCGCAACCUCGGUCAACCUGGGUAUUCUGACUGCAGAUCUCUACAGUCUGUUCUUUGGGCUUUUCCUCUUUUUCUAUAAGUUUUCAGCUCUUUAUAUCCUGUCCUUUGUUAUCAUCAUGGUGGGCUUCACCUUGUAUUGCUCCACCCCAACUGGGACGGCAGAACCCAGUGCAUUGCCACAGCCCAGCAGCACCGGCUUGGACAACGCUGCACUGAAGCUCGAGGAGAACGACAGUGACACUCCAGCCAUAACUGUACAGUUCACAAGAGGAGAAACAGUGAUGGUCAGCACUGAUUAAAGAGAUGGCAGCAUUUCAAAUAGAGCUUUGUUUUUUUUUGCUGCCAAAUUUCUCUCAAAUAUUAAUCUGGAGAAUUGUUCUACUGCCAAGGCAUGUGU